AUGACAACGCACGCUACUCUGUUCAUAUAGGAGAGCAUUACUGAAUAUAACUGUACACCGCAAUGGAAAGUUAUUUUAUCAUCAAUAUUACCAGUGAGAGCAUUAAAAAUCAACAUAAAGCAGAACAUAUCGUGCACUAGAAUGGAUUACUGGUUUCCACUUUCUGAAGGGUUUGAUUAUUAACGAGAUCAGAAGUUUUACAACUUGGGAAAUGUCUUAGACUUGUGAGUAUUUGUCAUUUACACUUAGAUCUAUUGUCUACAGUUUUAUCUGACACUGUUGUUUGGAGUUCUUAUCGGAGUGUGUACAAGUUGGUUGUGACCCCAAGGUUCAUGCGCUUCUAACUACACGAUAGUACGGUGAAAUUGUAACGUUUAAUAUGAACAUGAAACACAUCUUCUUUCUAUGGUUGGAGAAAUAUUCAUUUUCAUCUGUCUAAAUGCCACUGCCACCAGUCUCCUUGAUCAUUACACAAGGACAACGUAAACGUAUACACUGGGAAAGUUUACGAAUCUACUAUCGUAAUGUUCCUUUCAGCUUUAAAUCGGAUUAGAUUAUCUUAAAACGGAGCGUCUCCUGAUGAAUAUUGAGCAUGUUGAGAGUGGAAAGAAACUUUAACGACCAUGAAAUAACUUCCAUCGAGUUUAUUAUGCCGAAUGAUAUACUUUUGGGAACGAAAGCUAAUUAGUGUCUUUUAAGACAUACUUUUAGAUCCUUUACCCGAAGGGCAACACACAAACUAUUUCACAUAACGUGGACAGAAAGGAUUUUUGAAGAUUUUCACAGGGGUCACUAGGGUAAGUUUUACCCCCUCAAGUAAUUUGGCUAUUGAAUGAGAUGAGAACCGAGGCGUAAACAAGGGAUUAGUUUCAGCAUUUUCUAUUAAGACACACUCUUCAGUCGGAUAUAUUUCUCUGGAAGGCGCUUUGAGGACAAUAAGUGAUCUACAGCUUAUUAACUAUCCCUUUGUGCUUGGUAUUGGCUGAGUGAUAAACGAGAAAGAAAAGACACAAUGACUGUAGACAAACCAAUAUCUCGCUUGAGUCGUAGUGAGGGAGGGAAUCGACCAAGAGCUCCUACCAAACACUCGAAGAACUUGGGUGAUAUAAGGGUGACGAGCCAAAAACAAGCUCUCCAACAUACCGUGAGAGCCAAGAAACUCGAUGAGAGACAGCUUUUCAAGUUUUUGAAGUCUCUGGAUGAUAGCAAAAGCAGAAGACUCUUGCAAAUCGACAAAGAAGUUGCAGAGAUAGAAAAGCUCUUGAAACGUUUGAACUCUGAGCAGGAGGACGCAAUUCGACAACGAGAAGGGACUGGUGAGAAUAUAGAGCAAUAUGAGGACGAUAACGAUUUAUUGGUGACAAAAAGUGCUGGCGCAGUUAGACGACAUAAACGCUCGCAAAGUAGGUAUUCGACGAAAAAGAUGUCAAAAGAAUUCGAUGAGUAUGCCUUCAGAGCUCGUACGAAGAGAGGAAGUGUUGAAAGACUUGAUAAGGACAAGGCUAACAAGGCUCUCAAUUCUUAUUAUAGAUUUGAUUCUGAAGGUAACCGGAGAAUAUUUUCACCAUUGAUAUCCAGUCCUUCUAAGACACCAAAACCACAAGGGCGUGUUGCUUGGGAUACUGGGUUGUUCUUGGAUGAUGUUUCUUUGUCCAACUACACAGUAGCAACAGGUACAGAUAGUCGAGUUGAUAGCGCUACAAAUAAAAGUUUGAUUUCUUCCGUUGGUGACGAUAUCGGUGAGGAUUCAAGGGCAGAUACGAUUACACCUGGACGAGCUAUUUUCAUUACAUCGGGUAAAGGUUCAUCACAGGGAGCACGAAAAUCAACUAAAUCAAACACCACACAUCAAGGAUCCAAAUCCACGGAUACAAAAGGAGUUGACCAUCUAUCGUCAUCUAACUCUAAAUCACAGAAACCAGGGUUGAAAACGAAUAAAGUUGAUAGACAUGAGAAAUUAAUGCAGUUUAAGAGACAAAUUACUGAUAAAUCUGAGGUGAGCGAAGAUUCCAAUAUGAAAUCGGACACUCCACACAUUAAACUAUCAAGCCAUUGCGAAGAAGAAGAAGAUAUUCCACUAACUUUCAAACGAUCAAAACUCAAACUAAAGCGACGACCACAGCCUCAGGGUCUUGAAGCCAAACCCGAGGAAGAGUCAUUUGAUGUUUCGAUGACUGCCGAAUUUUCUGAAGACGAACUCCAACGUGCAACUACUGUCGAAGCUUGCACGGGGAAAUCUUGCCAGGUGACAGACUGCAUAUUUCAUCGACCACUUCAUCUCCGCAGACAAUCGUCCACGAUAGCUGACGAUGCUGCUACGAUUGACGAAUAUUACCGCAUAGCGAGUGAAACGCGAUCUCGAGCAACCCAUCAACCUUCGAUAUCGCCUGUCUUUCGGACAGCCGAUGAUGGGUCUUGGAAUCAAACACGAAGAUUACCAGUCUCACCACCAAGUCCAACACCAUCUGAAAUACUUGCCGAUGUCGUUACGGAAAGAAAAGUCAUCGAGGAGAAGCCAGAUUAUACUGAUCUAGAAGUAAUGCUUUCUGUCCGUCGACCAACUAAGGGUUCUAAUCGUGAUCGUAUGCUGAAAGACAAAGAAGAUAAUAUUAAAAAUACAUUCAAAGUUAUGAGGCAGAAAAUGGCCGCUAGCGUACCACCCGACUUUAACACCAACUAUGGAACCCCAACUCCUAACUGGAAAAUACUCAACCCUCUCAAAAUGAGACACAAAAUUGUACACAAGUCGCCACUUUUCACCCUAUGGAAGCUGAAUUAAGGUAUACUUCUCGAAAAUAUUGUGAUUUUCAUAUUUUUAGCAUGAAGUAAUGUCAAUAUAAAAUUUGUUCAGCUUUGCAUUGAACACAAAGUUCCUUUAAUCUAGCCAUUCCAGAGAUAGUCAAAAGUGCCAUUACAAAUAAAAUGUACAUACAACUUUAAGGAUUUCUUAGACGAAUAUUGUGAUUGUCCGUAAUCUGAUUUAACAUCUAAGUGUCAUAUUGGGGCUGACAUUCACCCACGAGAUGCAUCGUACAACUUGCUUGGUGACCAAUAUCAAGUAUUUCACAGCCUAGUACACCAUGUUUUAUAAAAUAUGAUCAAGACAGUAUUAAAACGCUAAGUUUCACCGUAGUCAUGCAGUUAAUGCAGCUUGUGAAAAUGGUUUAUCCUGAUGUUUGAUUAACAGGAGUAAUUAAAAAAAAAAUAGUUUGGCUACAGUGGCAACACUGAAUUUGAUUUUCCAAUAAUAUGAGAACUACAAAGUUUCAAAGAAUCCUCUGUCGUAAUAUCAACAUUAUAUGUACGGAUAUAUAUAUGUACAAUUUUCUAUUAGUGAAUUCUCAAACAGUGAUAUGGUGUGAUUGGGAAACUAAGUUUUUGGACUUAAAAGAAUAAAAAUAAGAUAAAUCAUGUCCACACUUAACACCGAUCGAGUAACUUUCAUCGCACAGCACCAUCUAGCCUCAGAUUGACAGUUUUCAUGUUGAUUUCUUUCAAAACCAUAUUUUAGUCAAAUCCAUAAAUUUCAAAGGCGUACAUUAUGUUCUCUAACAAGUGAAUAGAAUCCAAGUGACCGUUUUCUCUUGAUCAAUACUGCUUGUAUUAAUAUUUUGAUAAAACUAAGUGUGACAUGAGUUAUAAAUUUAAAAUUUACCACAUGUUGAGAAAAAAAAAUCAAAUAAUAAUAAAAAAAAAAACAGAUCCUUGUAUCCAACCAAGAGAGUAAGGUCUCGUGCCAUAAAGAGAAUUUAACUCGAUUAAUGUGCAAUAUUUUUCAUGUAUUUGGUUUUCAAUCAUACAAUCAUUGCAUACGUGUUAUUCAUGUUUGUUCAUGGAAAAUAUUUGACUGUAAAAUAUAUAUGCUUAGACAAAAUAACUCAUUCAACGUGGAUUUUUAUUAGUCUAAAUUAUCAACGGUACAAUUUGGUAGCCACAUUGGCACGGCCCUGGGAGCGAUUUUUAAAUAAAUCAGGGGUUGUCAGAAAAAAAAAAUCUCCGUCAAUAGCAAUACUUUUAUCUUUGUUUGUCAACUGAUUUUCAGGGCCAUGCAUAUUGGAACCUUCCAUGCUAUGAUAUUUUGAUAGCCAAGUUUGUAGCAGACAAAUCAUUCAAGACUAAUAUAUCCAUCUUGUACUUAAAAUGGCAGGUUUAUGUUGCGGUUAGUGAGUUUACUCAAUUAAUGUUCAUAUUUCAUAUUGACAUCUAUCAUGUGAAUCAAAAUAUGAUUUUGAUACAAGUAGUUUCAAUCGUGUAGAAAAGUUGUAGAGAAUUGAAAGAGAAGAAUGAAUGUAGUAAACAUGUUAGGAAUUAUUUAACCUAUAUCAGGGCCCUGUUGACUUGAAAUUAAUGAUAACUUAUGCCACUGUCGAUUCUUGAUAACUUGUAUGAAAACCUUGAUUUUCAUUCGAUGUUAAAGGUCAAGUCUACCCCAGAAAAAUAUUGAUUUGAAUAUAUAGAGAAAAAUCAAACUAGCAUAAACGCUGAAAAUGUCAUCAAAAUCGGAUGUAAACUAAGAAAGUUAUGACACUUAUAAGUUCCACUUAUUUUUCACAUAACAGUGAUAUGCACAACCCAGUUGCAUGCAAAUGAGAAAGUCCAUGAUGUCCCUCACUCACUAUUUCAUUUGUGUUUUCUUGUUUGAAUUAUAAAAUAUUUCAUAUACAGAUUCGGCAAUAAGGACCAAGUUGACUGAACCAUAUGGUAUUAAACAUUGCUAAUUCCACAUUAUCAUGGAGGAAUUAAUCAAUGUUUCACUGGACAAUGAGGAUAAAAUUAGAAUAUUUUUUUAUAAUAAAAUACAAAAGAAAUAGUGAGUGGAUGACGUCAUCAGUCUCCUCAUUUACAUACCGACCAGGAUGUGCAUAUAACUGUUUUGUGAAAUUAAGCGAAACUUUAAAAUAUCAUAACUAUCUUAUUUUACAUCCGAUUUUGAUGAAAUUUUCAGCGUUAUGCUUGUUGGAUAUUUCUCCUUUUAUUCAAAUCAUCUUUUUGUUGGGGUGGACUUGUCCUUUAAGCCUAAAUUGUGGCACUUUUCUUUUUAAUGACAGAAUAGGUCUUUGAUUAAUGGUAAUUGAUAGGAAACACAGUAUAUGAAAAUUUGUUGCUAUGGCAUUUUGCAUUUGGUUGGAAUUUAUAAUUUAUUCAGAGAUAUCUGUGAGCGCAAAUGUAAUGGGAGAAGUGAUCUCGUAUACAUAAAAUUUGUUGCCACUCAGGGGCUCUUAGUUUACUUUGCUGACAGUUUGGCAAUUUUUUAAGGGUUUAGUGUAGAGCAUAAAUAACGAAAUGAUGUCUGUCAUUGUGUUUCACGCAAAAUUACAUAUGAAAUUUAUGAUCAAUAUAUCAUGGAAUUAUUAAAAAAAAAUGUAUACCCCAUCGUGACAAUUAUCUCUAAAUGCAGUGCGAUUUUAAGCUAUGUCGUACGCACAUACUGAUGUGAACUAGAUAUUACAUUUCAAUUGUAUAUGGAUGUCUCGUACAAAAUCAUAUGAUGGUGUGAAUAUUUUUAUGGAUGGUUUAAGAAGAAAUAAAAAAUGUUAAUUUGAAUGAAUGUAGCAGAAAUUAUGUUGAUGUGAGCAAAAGAAAAAUUAUAUGACUUUCAUUUCAAAUCUUAAUGUUAUAUACCACUUGAAUGGAAUGUUUAACUAUUUUUCACACUGGAAUAAUUUUAUCAAAAUAAAAGUUGUCUUGGGGACUACGCACAUGCACUCAAUAA